UCGUGAGUUAAGGAAUAGGCCAUAAAAUAUAUGAGCAAUAAAUAGAGAUAGUAUUGAGAAUCUCCCAGCAUUUGGAGAAAUUUUUGUGUUUGAUUAGUAUAUACUUUUGAUGUUUAAAGCAUAUAACCGCUAAAUAACGCCUCUAUCUGUACAUCAUUCGAUUGUUUUGGCGGCACUAAAACCGCUGUUUUCAUCACAUAGUAACCCACUUCUUCACUCAACUUAUUUCUCUCCCUCUAAAUUUCAAUCCUGCAAAUACCCUUCAUGUCUUCUUUUGCUCUUUGAUUCUCAUGGCAGAUUCUGAUCUUUCUUCUUCUGCUUCUUCUCUUCUGUGUUUUGAAGAUGGGGAACCCUGUGUCAGUCACGGAACACAGCUUUUUGAUAUGGCUGAUCUCUAUAACUCGUGUUUUGUUUUGGAAGAUGAUGAUGAAGAGUUUAUACAACUGUUGGUUCAAAAGGAGACCCUUUUUGGAUCCAAAAAUGGUGUCUUCUCUGAUGUUGGCUCAUACCAGAACCAAACUUGGCUCAGAAGUGCUCGCUUGGAUUCCAUUCAAUGGAUGUUUAAUAGAAGAGCAAUGUUUGGGUUCCAUUUCCAUACAGCUUAUCUUUCUGUGGACUACUUUGAUAGGUUUCUUGCAAAACGAUCCAUUGAUGAAGGGAAACUUUGGGCUAUACGAUUAUUAUCUGUGGCAUGUCUAACUUUGGCUGCAAAAAUGGAGGAAUGUAAAGUGCCAUCCUUAUCAGAAUUUUAUGUGGAAGAUUUUGAUUUUGAGAACAAGCUGAUUCAGAGGAUGGAACAACUCGUAUUGAGCACAUUAGAGUGGAAAAUGGGUUCAGUUACUCCUUUCAAAUUCCUUGGUUACUUCAUUAGCAAAAUUUGUGGUGAAGAUAGACCAAAAGAAUUAGUCUGCAAGGCAGUUGAACUGAUUGUCACUAUUACAAGAGAGAUUAAUUUGAUGGAUCAUCGACCAUCCAUGAUCGCUGCUGCUGCAGUUUUAGCUGCAUCUGAUGCUGAUAUGACUAGACAGGCAGUGGAGCUCAAGAUGAAUUUUGUCUCUUCAUGGGAUUCCCUGGAAAUUGAACAUAUACAUACUUGCUACAAUAUAAUGCAUGAGUUAGAGAUGGGAAAGUUAAAAACACCAAGCAGGGAUAUGUCAUCACCGAGCACAAUUGGUAUUUUUGAGGUCUCUCGAUUCACUUCUGGAGCUGACACUAAAAGAAGACUUACAUACACUGACCAAGCACAGAAUGGCUCAUCGAAGAAGAUCUGUCGACCUUAGUGGAAAUUAUAUAGGUUGGUUUAUUGAUUUGGACUGUAGGAUUGCGUUCUCACUGGACAUUGAUUCCUGCAAUUAGAUUUGAUUAUAGGUCUAAUGAGUGUUAUCUGCCUUAUAUGGUAUAUGAUUCGGAGUUGAUGACUGGGAUCUCAUAAAACUAAAAUUUUCAGCUGGUGACAACCAAGAAAAGGGAAAGUAAAUAAAUAAAAAGUUGAAAGGAGGUUCAAAAGCCAUUAAAGAAGAAGCGGCCAAGAGUGCAAGAAGGCCAUCAAAAACUGUUUGUCAAUAGGAAUUCUAUGUAGCGUUUUGCUUUUCUGAAUGCUACUAUCUUACCCACUUCUUUUUAUCAGGUUGUUGUAUUUCUUUUUCCUACUUUAUUUCGUUGUGGCAGAAUACUCAUGUAAUGUUUACAUCACUAGUAACCCUACAUUUUGAUGGGGGCUUGGGAUGCUUAAAAUGCCUUUCAAAAGGGGGAAAGCCAUGAGGAAUGAAGAAUUGUUUUUGUUUGAUUUGAUA